UCAUUCACCAACUAGACUUCUUCUCAGCAAGCAGCAGAUUCCACUUUGGACAUUCUUAAUCGCUCCGAUUAACUGGCCGGACCAACAACCAAGGAAAAGCCAGUGGUUCUUUCUUUGAUGCUUUUUUGUCAUCAUCAUAUUUACAAAAGUUGUUUGCAGCAGUUUGUAUCUAAACAAUUGUCUCAGAGGUGGAAUUUUUAAUUGUCUGUCUUCUCAUCUCAUCAUUUUCGAGUCAAAACCAAGUCCGGAAUAGAUAAGAAUCAUGCCGUGUCCAUUCAUAACGCGACUGCCGACAUCCUUCGUGCGAAACUAUGGGGGGAGCAUUCUUAAAAAGUAUGGCGAAUCUUGUCCCGUCAUUAGUCGAGCGAUGUCAUCUUUGCCAGCGGCGAACCGUAGCGAGGCUACGGAGGGUAGUGGCGAGGCGGCUUGUCCCUACAAAAAGGCAAGUGAUGCUGUCGCCACGGACAUCAAGGGAAAUGGGACGCCAACGGCUACUACUGGUUUGAAGGGGUCGUUCCCAUAUGAGACGUUUUUUCAUGAGCAAAUCCUCCGGAAAAAGAAUGAUCAUUCGUACCGCAUCUUUAAGAAGGUGAAUCGGUCCGCGACGAAUUUUCCAAGUGCGACGGAAUUCUCGUGGGGCAAGAAACCAAUUACGGUGUGGUGCUCGAAUGACUACUUGGGGAUGUCGUGUCACCCAGCGGUCAAGGAGGCUGUGUGGGAAGCUUUGCAAAAUCAUGGCGCUGGUGCUGGCGGGACUCGGAACAUUUCUGGAAAUUCUGUUUUUCAUGAAACUCUUGAAAAAGAGUUGGCCUCUCUCCACCAGAAGCCAUCCGCCUUGCUUUUCACGUCCUGCUACGUGGCGAACGACUCGACCCUGUUCACUCUGGCGAAAUCUCUUCCUGGCUGCCACAUUUUCUCCGACGCUGGCAAUCACGCCUCCAUGAUUCAAGGAAUUAAAAACUCUGGCGUUCCGAAGCAUAUCUUCAAGCAUAACGAUCCCUCGGAUUUGGAAGCUCUGUUGAAAACAGUGGAUAUAAAAACUCCGAAGAUCGUAGCCUUUGAAACCGUUCAUUCCAUGACGGGAGCCGUUUGUCCGUUGAAAGAGUUGUGCGAGGUGGCUCACAAGUAUGGGGCCAUCACCUACAUCGACGAAGUCCAUGCCGUCGGACUUUACGGGGAACAUGGGGCCGGGAUUGGCGAGCGAGACGGUCUCCUGGAUAAAAUGGAUAUCAUCUCGGGAACUUUGGGCAAAGCGUUCGGAAACAUUGGAGGUUACAUUGCCGGGAGUGAGAAUCUUGUCGACAUGGUGCGAAGUUAUGCUGCGGGAUUCAUCUUUACGACAUCCCUUCCUCCAACCGUCCUUUGCGGAGCGUUGGCUGCCGUACGAAUUUUGCGAUCUGACGAAGGACGCGAACUCAGGGCUGUUCAUCAGUCCAAUGUCCGCUAUCUGAGGCAGAGUCUCAUGGACGCUGGAAUUUCUGUGGAACACACUCCGUCCCACAUUAUUCCGGUUUAUAUUGGAAACCCAUCUCUCAGCUCUCAACUGUCUGACGAACUCAUCCAACGGAAGGGUCACUAUGUCCAAGCCAUCAACUAUCCGACGGUGCCACGGGGUCAAGAAAAGUUGCGAAUUGCUCCCACCCCCCACCACACGAGGGCCAUGAUGGACGUCUUUGUGGCCGACUUGGUCGAAGUGUGGCAAGAUUUGGGCAUCCCUUUGAAACCGGCAUGUUCCCAGGAGUGCCAAUAUUGCAAAAAACCGGUUCUAUUUACCACCUUGGAAUCCAGGACUAGGAAAUCCUUCCCCGAGGAACGAUCCAACCUUGCCGAAAUGACGGCACAACUUUGCAGCAUUCCAAACUGUCCUCAAAUUGCAAUUUCUGCCUAAUGAACUUUUCAUGGAAAAUAAUAGAAUCAAUUUUUUUGUGUUGCAUUUUUAACACUUGUGCACACGUCAUUCUGGUUUUUUGGAAAUAUAUAGUAUGUAGUUUAUCCUCAAAAGUAUUGUGAAAUAAUUCGCCAAGAUAGAACCCUGUCCGAAAUAAAUUGUGAUAUUCGACCAAAUUAUAAACCACCUGAGAUUUCAGAAAUUAAAGAAAAUAAAUAUAUACCUUUGUUCGAUCUUAAAAAAUGA